UUCACUAGUGAUGUUUUCGUUCUCACAUUGUCCAAUUGGAGUUUGCUUAUACUGACUUUUUAAAAAGAGGAAGAAAUCAAAGUGGAAUACCGUACACUUGACAUGGAUAAUAAAAAGAAGGACAAGGACAAGCCAGAUGAAAGAAUGGCAUGGCCUAGUGGGAGGCCAGGCCAUAAUCCACGUGGAACUGGUUCUUCAAAUCCUGGAGUGUUAAUGGUUGGACCUAACUUCAGAGUUGGCAAAAAAAUCGGAUGCGGUAAUUUUGGAGAACUACGGUUAGGAAAAAAUUUAUACACAAAUGAAUAUAUGGCAAUUAAGCUGGAGCCAAUGAAGUCGAGAGCACCACAGCUACAUUUGGAAUACAGAUUCUACAAGCAGCUAGGAUCUGGAGCAGAUGGAAUACCUCAGGUUUACUAUUUUGGCCCAUGUGGCAAAUAUAAUGCUAUGGUGCUAGAACUACUUGGACCUAGUCUGGAAGAUUUAUUUGAUGUGUGUGGUAGGACAUUUUCUCUUAAAACCGUUCUUAUGAUAGCCAUACAGUUGAUUUCUCGUAUGGAGUAUGUCCAUUCAAAGAACUUGAUAUACAGAGAUGUAAAACCUGAGAACUUCUUAAUAGGACGACCUGGAAACAAAACCCAGCAAAUUAUUCAUAUUAUAGAUUUUGGUUUGGCAAAAGAAUAUGUAGAUCCAGAAACAAAGAAGCACAUACCAUACCGAGAACACAAGAGCCUUACAGGAACAGCUAGAUACAUGAGUAUAAAUACACAUUUAGGAAAAGAGCAAAGUAGAAGAGAUGAUUUGGAAGCUUUAGGUCAUAUGUUUAUGUAUUUUCUCAGAGGAAGCCUUCCAUGGCAAGGUUUAAAGGCUGAUACAUUAAAAGAACGUUACCAGAAAAUUGGAGACACAAAACGAGCAACCCCUAUAGAAGUAUUGUGUGAAAACUUCCCAGAGGAAAUGGCUACAUAUCUACAUUAUGUAAGAAGGCUAGAUUUUUUUGAAAAGCCGGACUAUGACUACUUAAGAAAGCUCUUCACAGACUUACUUGAUCGGAGAGGCUAUAUGUUUGAUUAUGAAUAUGACUGGAUUGGCAAACAGUUGCCUACUCCAGUGGGUUCAAUACAUUCAGAUGCUGCAUUGUCUUCGAACAGAGAAGCAUGUCAGCACAGAGAUAAAAUGCACCAAUCCAAAAAUCAGUCAACAGACCAUAGGGCGGCUUGGGACUCACAGCAAGCCAAUCCACAUCAUUUGAGGGCUCAUCUAGCAGCUGACAGACAUGGUGGCUCGGUACAGGUAGUAAGCUCAACAAAUGGAGAACUGAACACAGAUGACCCAACUGCAGGCCGUUCAAAUGCACCCAUCACAGCUCCUGCCGAAGUAGAAGUAAUGGAUGAAACUAACUGCCAGAAAGUGUUGAACAUGUGGUGCUGCUGUUUUUUCAAGCGGAGGAAAAGGAAAACCAUACAGCGCCACAAAUGACUAGAACCAAGCAGAACAUGGGAAAUUGCUUAUUUGUUCAACUGCUGUCUUGUGAUCUUACAAAAAAAAAAAACCAACCAAAAACAAACCUCUGUAAUGACCGUAUGUUUUCCAAGGGCUCCCUUAAAACCAUGUCAGGCCUGUGUGCUUUGGUUUGGUUCU